AUGUCCUCUGAACCACACACGGCUACACCAUCAUCAUCGGAAAGUAAUAACAAUCACUCGUCGUCAGAAGAAUAUCCUAGAGUUUUAGACCGAAAUGCAUUUACGAAGAAUAUCAAUAUUCUUGUAACAAAAGUUCCGGUCAAAAAUCUUUCAGUAUUGAAUAAGAAGUUAAAAGGACAUUUGUUGGAUCGAAAAAAGAUGAAAUCAAUUGAAGAUAUUGAUAAUUGCACAGAUUAUAAAUAUUUAAUUUUGCAUGAACAAUACACCACUGUGGAUAAUGUUCCUCAAAAAGUGAUGGACAUUCUAAAAGAACAUGAAGCUGGAGAACUCAUUCCAAAAACAAGGGAAUUAACUUAUGACCAUUUGACUUCAAACGAGGUGUUAUCAUCCCUCAUUCCAAAUGGUCUAGAAAUUACGUCAUCUUUCGAACAAGUUGGUCACAUUGCUCAUCUCAAUAUACCAGAGGAAGUGUUAAAAUACAAGUAUUUAAUUGCACAGGUCAUGCUAGAUAAGAACCCUACUUUAAAAACAGUUGUAAAUAAGAUUGGAAUGAUUGAUUCUGUAUUUAGAGAAUUUAAAAUGGAGCUUUUGUGCGGAGAAGACAAUUUUAAUGUUACUGUCAAGGAAAAUGGUAUUCUUUUUAAAUUUAACUAUAGAGAAGUUUAUUGGAAUUCUCGACUUGGAACAGAGCACACAAGAUUGUUGAGCUUUUUUAACAAAUCUCAAGUUAUUUGCGAUAUGAUGGCAGGUGUGGGUCCAUUUGCAGUGCCAGCCGCUAAAAAAGUUGGAUGUCGAGUCCUUGCAAACGAUCUUAAUCCUAAGAGUUACGAAUACAUGAAAGAAAAUGCUCUCAUUAAUAAGGUCACAGACAAUAUGGAAUGUUUUAACAUGGAUGGUAGAGCAUUUAUCAAAUACCUUGUUGAAGAGCGAAAAUUAGUUUUUCAUCACGUCAUUAUGAACUUGCCAGCAUCAGCAGUUGAAUUUCUCGAUGUUUUUAGAGUCGAUCAAACUCACAUUGAUUUCCAGCCACUCAUUCAUUGCUACACCUUUGUGAAAGGUUCUGCCAAAGAAGGAGACAAUAUACAAGACCUAGCCAAACAGCAAGUGGAGCAAGUCAUUGGCCAGGACCAUAUCAUGGAAUACGUCGAUAUUCAUCAUGUGAGAAAUGUUGCUCCAAAGAAGGAAAUGAUGUGUGUCUCGUUUAGGCUCAAACAACCUGACCAUUCCUCCUCUCUCAAAAGAAAGCAAGAAGGAACGACUUCAAUCGAAGAGCCAGAAGAUAAAAAGCUCAAGCAAUAA